AUGAGCUCCCCCGAUCCGGAUCCCGCCACCGCCGCGCCGUCGCGCGCCGUCGCCGACUGCAAAGUGUUCGUCGGAGGCCUGCACCCGCUCACGACCGCGGAGACGCUCUGCGGAUACUUCGGUCGACGAUUCGGGGAAGUGAUCGACGCGGUGGUCAUGAUCGAUCGCGCGACGGGGCGAUCGCGCGGGUUCGGGUUCGUGACGUUCAGAGAGGCGGCGGACGCGGCGAGCGCGAUCGAAGCGUCCGCGACGGCGAAGAAGCAGGCGGCUGAAGCGGCGGAGAAGAAGAAGAAGACCAAGAGCGGCGGCGACGACGAGGGCGGCGGCGGCGGCGGCGAGGACGAUGACGACGAUUCCAACGUCGAUGUUUUAACAGCAGCGCCAACUCGGGUGGAACCGCUCGAGGUGGACGGCAAGGUCGUCGACGCGAAGCUCGCGUCGUCGUCGUCGAGGGGCGGCGAGAACGCCAACGCCAACGCGUCCUCCGCCGACGCCGCGCGCGCGGACGCCGCCGCGAAGCGUCUGUUCGUCGGCGGUCUGACGCGAGAGACGACGGAGGAUUCGAUGCGAGAGUACUUCUCGCAGUUCGGCGACGUCGUCAAGGCGGAGGUCAUGCGGCACACGCAGGGCGACCACAAGGGCGAAUCGAGGUGUUUCGGGUUCGUCACCUUCGACGCGGAGGAGGCCACGGACGCCGUCUUCACCGCGGGCGAGGACGGCGACGGCUCCCAGGGCGGCGGGUACCACCAGCUCGACGGCAAGCGCAUCCAGUGCAAGCGCAUCGACGUGGACGCGCCGCGAGAUUCGCACGCGCGCGGCGGCGGCGGCGGCGGAGGAGGAGGAAGAAGAGACAGAGACGGCGGGGGCGGGUACCGUAAUAACCAAAGGGGGGGGCGUUACGACGACCGAGGGUACGGGUACGGCUACGGGAUGGGCGCGAGCGUGGGUCCGGGCGGCGGGAUGAUGACGGUGAACCCGAGCGGGAUGUACGGCGCGUACGGCGCGCUCGUCGCGUCGCAGGGGAUGGCUGGGAUGAACGCGAUGAUGCCGCCGAUGUUUGGCGCCAUGACGGCGCCGGCGUUUUAUCAAACCUAUGGCGGCGGCGGGGGGGGGAGGUUCGGACGCGGCGGUUCAGGCGGGCGCGGCGGCGGCGGGCGCGGCGGAGGAAGGUACCGCCCGUACUGAUGAUAUGAUCGAUCGAUCGAUUUUUCGUCGCGUUCGUCACACUGGUCCCCAUACGACCCCGUUCGCGAUGUGAACGCCGUUCCUUAAGGACUUUCCCCGUCGUCACUCUUCACCCGCGCUUCCCUUUCAACGUAAGUUUGACCGGUAAGACGUUCGACUGACCGAUCAGAGAGAGAAGAGCGCGCUACUAAAACGUAAUUCGCGCGCGCCUCGCGUCGUCUGUCCCUCCGUCCCUCCCUCUCUCCGUCUCCCCGCCGUCACUCCGGGUGCUCCAACCGCACGCCCGACUCGCCUCUCCUCCGCGUGCUCUCCGCACGCAUCCGCCCCGUCGUCCCCGGAGCGACGUUCUGCGCGUCCAUCAAGUACGUCUCCCUCGACGUCCCCAUGUGCGAGUCCUGACGCGUCGUCAGCAGACCCGACGCGUGAAGUCCCCCGGGCUGCACCUCCGCUUUGACCGAACCGAGCGUCGAGAACCGAUCGCGAAUCGCCGCCUCCUCCUCGCGUCUACCCUCCACGAGAUCCUUCUUGCGCGCGGACUCUUCCGCGGCGCGCGCGUCGUUCUCGGUCGCGAGCUGUUCGAGUCGCGCGUCGUACCGCUCGACGUACGCGUCGCGCUCCUUCCGCUCCGCGGCGUUUUGUUUCUUCUUCGUCGUCGUCACGACGCGCCGCGUCUUCUCGAC